CCCAGUCGCAAGCGCGAGCGGAACUGAGGAAUCCGGAUGAGGGUGAAAUGGGUCGAUGGUCAUGGAAGGGAAACAUUUCCAAGAAAAUAAUGCCAAAAUCACUCCGUCACUACCUCCGUCUUCACUCCGUCUCUCCCUUUCUUUCUUCCAAAAGCUACGAUUUCCAACCUGUACCCUCCUGUCCUCGUGCUUGUCUAACUCCAGUUUGGCCCGCUGGUCGUCAUGUCCUGCUGUUUUAUUGGGGUCUACGGCCUGUUGGCUUUGCUGUCAAUCAUCGCCCUUAAUCUUGUCUACCAAUUCCUAUUUCGCAUUCUGAACAGGACCAGGCCGCCUCUCGUCUUCCACUGGGUGCCCUUCAUAGGCAGUGCGAUUCACUAUGGCAUGGAUCCGUACGAUUUCUUCUUUUCAUGUCGUGAAAAGUACGGCGAUAUCUUUACCUUCAUUCUCCUCGGACGUCCGAUCACCGUCUACCUAGGCAUAAAAGGCAACGAAUUCAUUCUCAACGGCAAGCUAAAGGACGUUAAUGCGGAGGAGGUUUACAGCCCCUUGACGACGCCCGUAUUCGGAUCAGACGUGUGCUAUGACUGUCCCAACUCGAAGCUCAUCGAGCAGAAGAAAUUCAUCAAGUUUGGGCUCUCUCAGGCCGCACUCGAGGCACACGUUCCGUUGAUUGAGAAGGAAGUCGAGGACUACCUCAGGACGUCAUCUAAUUUUGCCGGAGCCUCAGGGGAGGUGGACAUUUCCUCAGCCAUGGCUGAGAUUACAAUCUUCACUGCUGGAAGCGCUCUGCAAGGGAAAGAAGUUCGGUCGAAACUGACUACCGAAUUCGCGGCCCUCUACCAUGAUCUUGAUAAGGGGUUCUCCCCUAUUAAUUUCUUAUUGCCUUGGGCCCCUUUACCGCACAACAAGAAGCGCGAUGCGGCACAUGCGAAAAUGCGUGCAAUCUACCUGGACAUUAUCAAUAAACGAAGAGCCGCCACGAAUGAGAAGGCCACGGAGGAGUUGGACAUGAUUGGAAACCUGAUGCAAUGCACCUACAAGAACGGCCAGCCCUUGCCGGACAAGGAAAUCGCGCAUAUCAUGAUCACACUGUUGAUGGCCGGGCAGCACUCGUCUUCCUCCAUCAGCGCUUGGAUCAUGCUCCGCCUGGCAUCGGAGCCGGCUGUCGCCGAGGAGCUCUACGCAGAGCAACUGGCCAACUUGGGACGAACAGCCAACGGUGCACUUCCUCCACUUCAGUACAAGGACCUCGAUAAUCUCCCGUUGCUUCAGAAUGUGAUCCGCGAGACUCUGCGUAUCCAUUCCUCGAUUCAUUCAAUCAUGCGCAAGGUCAAAAAUCCAAUCCCGGUUCCUGGCACGCCCUACGUGAUUCCUACCUCUCAUGUGCUGCUCGCCGCACCGGGAGUCACGGCUCUCAGCGACGAGUACUUCCCGAAUGCCAUGAAGUGGGAGCCUCGCCGAUGGGAAACGCAAGCUCCGAAAAUAGACGACAAGGACGAUAUCGUCGAUUAUGGGUACGGCGCCAUGUCAAAGGGCACAUCGAGUCCCUAUCUCCCCUUUGGCGCGGGUCGCCACCGCUGCGUCGGCGAGAAAUUCGCCUAUCUCAACCUCUCGGUUAUCGUAGGCACUAUGGUUCGCCAUCUACGCUUUUCCAACUUGGAGGGGAAGACGGGGGUGCCGAGGACGGAUUAUUCGUCGCUGUUCUCGGGGCCCAUGAAGCCGGCGCGGAUUCGCUGGGAAAGGCGCGAGGUGAAGAAGUCGGCAUAAUGGAUGAUUGUUGGGGGGGUUAUAUCGUGCUCGAGUGGAGCUGGGAUGUAGAAAUACAGAACCUUAAUCAUACUGGUCAUACUAAUUCCCUGAUUAUUCUUGCUUCAAGGCAAACAUUUCAAAGGGAUUUUCUAGAUAUGGACCCUGCGAGGCGAGGUGCGGAGAAACUUUGCUAGUGUCACCUCAGCACGUUUUUGGACUCUAUGGUACGGCCAGCUAAAUAGCAUGGUGGGUAGUCAUUGAGUUCUUAGGCGGUCGGUCCCGGAGCCACGCAGUAUACGGUUACCUAAUUAACCACUUAUAAGAGACUC